CAACGCGUCAUCGCCUCUCUGAUUUAACCAGGGGUGGUGCAGCGUCAUAGUCAUACAUAGAGUAGUCGAGCGCGUAGGGUGCAGCCGCUAGCGCAUGCAUGCCUCUUCCGUCCUCGGCGAUGGCGGAGGAGCACAGCGGCGGCCAGCAUGAGCAGCAAGUGUCGGCCGAGAGGCGAGCACGGCAGAAGCUGCUGUUUGCCGUCCCGAUCAUCCCGAUCGUCAUGUUCAUCGUCGCGCCGUGCGCGCUCUUCUUGUUCACGGCCGACCUGGCGCUCCCACGCAUCCGCAUCGAGUACGCCCCGCGCGACGGCGACCGUGACGCUCCGGCCAGUGCGCUAGCGACGGCGGUGGCGGUUGUUCCCAGCGAGGAGCAACAGCAGCUCCCGCCGCUGCGCCAGCUGACCGACCGGCCGUACUCGCUCGGCCCGAACGUGUCCGACUACGACGCCCGCAGAGCGGCUUGGCUCGCCGCGCACCCUCGGUUCCCGGCCUUGGUCGCGCCGGAGCGGCCCCGGGUGCUCGUGGUCACCGGAUCGUCGCCGCGCCGGUGCAAGGACCCGGAGGGCGACCACGUGCUCCUCCGGGCGUUCAAGAACAAGGCGGACUACUGCCGCGUCCACGGCUUCGACAUCUUCUACAGCAACGCGGUGCUGGACGCCGAGAUGAACGGGUUCUGGACGAAGCUGCCGCUGCUGCGCGCGCUGAUGGUGGCGCACCCCGAGGUGGAGCUCCUCUGGUGGGUGGACUCGGACGUGGUGUUCACGGACAUGCUGUUCGAGCCGCCGUGGGGCAAGUACGCGCGGCACAACCUGCUACUCCACGGCUGGGACGACGCGGUGUACGGCGCCAAGAACUGGCUGGGCACCAACGCUGGCAGCUUCGUGAUCCGCAACUGUCAGUGGUCGCUGGACCUCCUGGACGCGUGGGCGCGCAUGGGGCCGCGCGGCCCGGUGCGCGACAGGUACGGGAAGGUCUUCGCAGCGGCGCUGUCCAACCGGGCGGCCUACGAGGCCGACGACCAGUCGGCGCUGGUGUACCUGCUGGUGACGGAGCGCGGCAGGUGGGGCGGUAAGGUGUUCCUGGAGAGCUCCUACCUCCUGCACGGGUUCUGGGAGGGGAUCGUGGACCGGUACGAGGAGAUGCGGAGCAAGGGCCGGCCGGGGCUCGGCGACGACCGCUGGCCGCUCGUGACGCACUUCGUCGGGUGCAAGCCGUGCGGGGAGCAGAGCGCGAGCUACGGGGCCGUGCGGUGCCGCCAGGGCAUGGAGCGCGCGCUCAACUUCGCCGACGACCAGAUACUCGGCCUCUACGGGUUCCAGCACGAGUCGCUCAACACCACGGCCGUGCGGCGCGUCAGGAACGACACCGGGCGGCCGCUGGACGCCGACGACGAGCAGAUCGGCCGCCUCCUGCACCCAGAGUUCAGGGCCGCCAAACCCUAGUGUCUAGUGAUCAACUCGAUCCUUGGAUUGGUUUGGAUAUGAACGUGCAGAGAUCAAAACACGCAACACGUCCUACUUUACAGACAAGAUUUUUCUAUGACUAUGUAAGAUGUAGCUGUAGCCACCAUUGUGAAAUGUAAGUCAUGUCAGUAGCAUUCAAAUGGAUGCUGCUGCGUUCACUCGUACGCAUGCUUCAUUCUUCAUCUCCAGCAAGAGCAACAGAAAGCUUACAGCUUAUUUCAGACGGCAAUGCAAAAAAGAAAAAAAGAAAAAACUACUACUUUGGUAAGCAGAGUGGCACUAUGAAUACUGUAAGUACUGAUACUAUGAAGUACAGUACAAGAAAAUACUGUAUAUGGUCGCCUCCAUGCAUCUGAACAUGAGCAAAAAAAUGGCACCUUAUCCCA